AACAUUUAACAAAAAAAAUCUUUGUAUUUGUACAAAAAUCAAAAUAAUGUAAAGUACAUUGUGGUUUACAAAUGAAUCAUCAUUCAUUAUAUUGGGUCCUAUCCAUUUGUUCUUUUGUUUUCCAGACCCUCGGGCUGUUGCUGCAUUCCAGAAUCAGUUAGUGAUUGUAGAUAUGACCAACUCUGUCAAGAUGUACAAUAGGAAUGGCACCAAGAUGUUUGAAUUACACAUAGUGCCUCAUAGUGAAGUGGGCAAGACAUCAGUGAACCUCCGCAGUGUAGCAAUCAUGAAGGAUACAUCAAUCAUUGUGGGGGAUGCAGAGAGGUCAGUUAUAACUAAACACAGAUCCAGUGAUGGUUCACUCAUUGACACUGUUUCAGUUCAGACACCACCUUACCACUUGGCCAUUGACAGCAAGGACAGAGUUGUAGUCAGUGGUGAGGGGAAACAAGUAGACAUAGUUGAAGUCACUGGUACUUCAUUAUUCAGCAUCAAUCCAAAGAUUGAUAGUCAACAAGUUGAAUACUGCAAAGGUGUAUGCUGCGACAGCUCAGCUAUCUACAUUGCAGUGAGCAAUGGGGUACGCACUGGUCAUAUUCAUCAGUAUGACACUCAGGGGAGAUUUCUCAGCUGUAUUGCUCAGGGUCUGUAUGACCCAAUGGGAAUCUCAUUGACAUCAGAUGGUCAGCAGCUUGCAGUGGCUGACUACAAAUCAGUGAAGAUUUAUAACAAGGUGUAAUGUUAUCUAAUUAUGAUGAUACUGGUCAAAUACUGUCUCAUGGAUUAAACUGACCAUCACAAUAUGUCAAUCAAAUUAAAUCACAAAAUUAUGCAAACUGAUUUUUCAGUAAAAAAAAGUGCUAAUAACCACUCAAUUUCUAUUCUCAAUAUUAUGACAUUGAGUGGAUCAAAUCUGUAAUACUUGGCUGCAAAUCAACUCUGUAAUUUUUUAUUUGUUUUGCAUUUUGCAGUAAAAUGUCGUUUUGAGAAAAAAUAUCUUGAGUACAGGCUUGUCUAUUUUAAAAGCAGUGGACACUAUCGUUAAUUACUCAAAAUAAUUAUUAGCAUAAAACCUUUCUUGAUGACGAGUA